AUGGCUACACCUUUUAGGGCAAAGGUGGAGGAGAGGGCAAACCUAGUGAAGGCCAAGCAAGAGGCGGAGCCACCAACAAAGCGGCAAUGCUCUGCCAUCGAGAAGAACAUCAAAGCUAUGGGGGAGGGUGACAUGUCUUUUGAUGAGGAGGGCGGCCACCCAGCACACUUGGUCUCCGAGCUGCUGGGAGGGAAGGAUGAGAGUCAAAGGCGCCUGCAUUGCGAUCAGCUGGCUGCAUGGUAUCAGGACUAUGCUACCUACCGUGGAUUACCAUAUCUCUUCAGAGACCCAUCGCAGGAACCUAGGGAGGUCAUCCGGGCUCACCUUGACCAUGCGAAGUGGCGGGAAAGUGCAUUUUCCACUGACCAGCUACGAGGGUCGCGCUGGAUGAUUGGCACAUCGCCAAAGUCCGCUUCUCGCCCACCCGAGCUGAAGCGCUGCCUCACGGUGACUGAAGAGUCACAAUGCAUGCAUCUGCAGUUGGUUGUGCAGUCCUAUGUUGAGAGCGGACGCCGUCUCCGGCCCAGUGCCCGGAGCAAGAUGAGGCUGACACCUACCCAAUUCGAUGCUUACGCCGACUUCGCGGCUGUGUACGCAACCACACUGCAGGAUGCUCGCUUGCUCGCCACUUGGACCCCGGAGAAGGAAGCAGCGGUGAAGAAAGCGUUUAUGCAGAAGCUCUGUGAGAACUACAUGGAGCGCGCCUGCCGGGUUUCUUUGGUAACUCAGGCAGCGCCACUGGACCCGAAGAUUGAUCAGCUCUUCCGCAACCAUGCUGUGGCCAAGAAGGUGACGCCACAAGAUCUGGAUUGCGUGCUCUACAUUGAUUGCACGAAAAUGGGGGUGAUUAACCAAUUGGAGGUGAACAUGAUUGGGGAGCUGGCGGAUAAGGGGGGGUCCUUGCGGAAGGACAUCAGAAAGAUCGAAGACAAGCUGUUGAGUGCAAAAGUGGAGUUGCGCCCAUGGACGCUUAAUUUGAACACGGAGGAUUUGCACAAGAACAGAGACACGCCAGCGGCCUACUUGUGUUUCAUCGGAGUGCUGGACGCCUCCCUUCCAACGAAGGGCACGGUCCACCGCAAUGUGCGCGGCAAUCCCGAGAAUGAGCAAGAGUCGCUCUUGCCCUCCGAGUUCCCGAAAGCGCUGCCCGAGAGCUCUUUUGUGGUACCUGGAGACUUCCUUCACUCCAAUGAUAUGCGCCGCAACUACACGGACUUUCAGGAGACAGCCCAGUGGUGCGGCGGUGUUCAAGUGCCCAAAGCCGUGUUGGGGGCAUUGUGCAGUGGCUUGAAGGCCUCCCACGGUGUUGUGGUGGUGCAUCCAACUACGUACGAUGGAUGCCUGGAGCUGGCUGCUUUGCAGCUGGGCCAUGUUGCCAGCGGCACUUCUUGGGAUGAGACCUGCUACAAGACAUCCAAGGAGGUUGUGAAGACACACUUGCUUCAGGCCUGGAAGACCUCAACAACGCCUAUGCACUCACAGACACCGCGCUACAAGAAGGAGGUGCGGAUGGAAGACUUGCCCCGGCAGGUCGAGCCGCCAACCCUGCACAUUUGCCAGUUGGCAGACUCGCGGCUGAUCCUCCCAAGGGACAUUCGCCAGCUGUUUUUGCAGGAUGUGAUGCACAGUCCAGAGUGGCGGGAGAUCCUGCAAAAAUUCGAUCGCGAUUGGGGCAGCGCUGAGGUGCAAACACCAAGCUCAGGUCCCACUGUGAAGCCUGAGGUGAAGUCUGAGGUGAAGAGUGAGGAAGAGAUCAAAUCUGAGCCUUGUGAUUUGUCAGGCCAGUUCCAGGGUAGCCCCAAAACUCUGGAAAAGGUGAAGGAAAAGUAUGGGGCUGACAACGUGGUGGAGAUGACCGCAUUCUCCAACACCUCGCUGCUUUUGGUACCAGGGCCUCAUUUGUUCAUCAUGGCAAAAGAGUCCGUGGAUUUGAAGGGGUUGGGUGCACCAAUCAUCGCACACGGCGCAGGUGUUUGGUUGGUUGGCGAAAAAGCCAAGCGCUUUGAGGCCAGCAACGCUGGCAAAGGAAUUCCCUGCAAGUUUACUUCGGAUCAGGCUGCUUGUGUCCUUGAGGACUGUUUGGUGGUGUGA